UACACUGUAAAAGAUGCAUAAGGGAGCGAUGCUGAUGCUGGUGAUGCGAGAAUAAUUUCACUCCGGAGGCAAGCUUUCAAACGGACCGAGAGGGUGAUGAUGGACUUCAUAUUUAGGAUAAAAUAAUCAAACGCAAAAUCAAAUCAACUGCUUACCGUAGACGCGAUUAUUUUCUCAAAUUGCAACAUAAUAGAGAAAUAGGUGAGAGUGAGACCCUGGAUCGGAGCCAUCCUACAAUCGCUGGAGGGCUGGAUGAGAAAAUUCUUGUCUUCCAUUUCGUAGAAAUCUUCCCUCCAACUGUCAACUACCUACUGGGCACAGCACUCUAGAGAUGCUCAAUAUGGAGAGAACUGCCAUUUCCACUUCACUGCUCACAGUCUGUUUCAUGUUGGCUGUGUGUCGCUGCUCCCUUGCGAUUCCCUUCUGCCCUGCCCAAUGUGUCUGCGAGACCCGCCCAUGGUACACGCCUCAGUCGGUCUACCAUCAAGCCAAGACUGUUGACUGCAACGAACUCCAUUUGAGAAGAAUCCCGUGGAAUAUUUCAAUUGAUACUCAGGUGCUGCUUCUUCAGAGCAACAAUAUCUCCAGGGUAACCACAGAACUCCAGAGUUUGGUCAACCUCACGGAACUGGAUCUCUCCCAGAACCACUUCACACAAAUCCAAGACGUUGGCUUGAGUAACCUAACCCAACUGGUCACACUCUACCUUGAGGAAAACCAAAUUAAAGAGCUGCCUGAUAUAUGUCUAAAGGACCUAGUCAGCUUAGAGGAGCUUUAUAUUAAUCAUAAUCAGAUCUCUUCUAUUGGUCCUAAUGCCUUUUCAGGCUUGGGGAACCUGUUGAGGCUUCACCUUAACUCCAACAAGCUUGUGGCGAUAGACAGCCAUUGGUUUGAGUCCCUACCCAACCUUGAGAUAUUAAUGAUAGGGGAAAACCCCAUUCUUGGGCUGCAAGAUAUGAACUUCCACCCCCUCUCUAAAUUGCACAGUCUGGUUCUUGCAGGAAUGGGGCUCAGGGAAAUACCUGAGGGGGCUUUCCAGGGAUUAGAGUACCUCGAGAGUCUCUCGUUCUUCGAUAACAAGCUCACGGCUGUGCCAAAGAAAGCCCUGCGUGUUCUACCGAGCCUCAAGUUUCUUGACCUUAACAAGAAUCCUAUCGUCCGUAUACAGGAAGGUGACUUCAGAGACUUUCCCCACUUAGAGGAACUCAGUCUGAACAACAUGGAUGAACUUGUGGCGGUGGAGAAGGGCGCAUUCUCAAACUUACCACAAAUGGCCAAAUUGGAGCUCUACAACAACCCUCAACUGUUCUUUAUAGACCGAGCCGCUUUCCUGAAAAUGCGCGGCUUGCGCACCUUACUGAUCCACAAUAAUGACCUCACACUUUUGCCCCAUGAUAUUUUAUCCGCUUUCCCCAGUCUGGAUGAAAUCAGUCUUCAUAGCAACCCACUCAGGUGUGAUUGUCUCGCCAACUGGGGGCCCGUCCUGGGCAACCAAUCGAGCCUCAAAGUUCUGGAGCCCCAAAUAACUCUUUGUGCCUCCCCACCACAUCUUGUCGGCCAAUCCCUUCAGGAAGUGGUGUCUGCAAGUUGGAAUGGGGCAAGCAAUACCUGCCUGCCUCUGAUUUCCCAGCAUGCCUUCCCUCCGCUGCUCAAUGUCACCUUAGGACAGCUUCUAACACUCAACUGCUGGGCUGUGGCAGAUCCGGCGCCUCAGUUUUACUGGGUGACACCCACCGGUGACAAAGUCACUUCUGAAGCUGUUUCCCCAUCCACGAAUGAGGGAGGGGGAAUGAUGAAGAAGCACCGGAUGCAAGAACAAGGUGCUCUUGAGAUCCCACAUGUCGAACUCGAGGAUGCUGGUCUCUACACAUGUGUUGCUUGGAAUGCAGAGGGAGCCGACACCCGAAGUGUCUCAGUGUAUGUGGAUAGGAGCAACUGGCAUGGCGGACGCUCUAUUGGAGGUCAUCAUGGGGUGGUGAAUACCACUGGAUCCUUGGUAAUCCUGGCAAAAAUUGUCCAUGCCCAGUCUGUGGUACUUGAAUGGAAGGUGCACCCAUCUGCUGUCUCUUCCAACCAUGAGGUGGCACAACCCAAGUGGCUCAGUGCUACCGUAAAGAUCGACAACCCGCAAAUCAGCUACACGGCAAUGGUCCCCGUAGAUGUCCAAGAGUACAAUCUCACACACCUCCUACCUUCCACGGAGUACCAGGUUUGCCUGACCAUGGCUGGCACCGAGCAGACCCAACACUCUUGUAUCAACGUGACCACCAAAGAAGCCAGCUUUGCCGUGGAGAUGGUUGCCCAGCCGGCCAAUGUAGCCCUGGCAGCGGUCAUGGGCUCAAUGUUCGCCAUCUGCAUCAUGGCUCUGUUGGUGUUCUAUAUGGGACGGCGUAUGAAGCAGAAAUCUUGCCAUCACUCUCUUAAGAAGUACAUGCAGCACACCACCUCAAUUCCCCUGAACGAACUCUACCCACCGCUUAUUAACCUCUGGGAGAAUGAGACAGAAAAAGAGAAAGAGGGCACUGCUGACCCUCAAAACUCACAGAUAGACACUUCAAAAACCUACAUGUGGUAGCUGCACAACAGAAAGUAGAUAAAAGAGACAUUUUAAACAGUAUAUGUACUGUGUUGUACAUAAAUGACAAGUAUGUGUUAUUGAUUUGUCAUUGUGAAAGAUAUAUGUAUUUUUAGAUUGUACCCUUCAAUGCCAAGCACACUUGGUUGCAGUUGUGAUUUGUUAGACGACCAACAGACGUGGGCAGCAAAACACAUUUUAUGCUUUUGCAUUGCAUUGUAUUUUCUGAGACUAAUUCAACGUUAAGCAUGCCAAUGUGUUAAUAAAUCUUAUAAUUUAUUCAUUCUAUAUCAGCACUAAGCAAGCUAAUACACUACUUACACAGAUCAACACUAUUUAUAUCGCCUCGCGCAUAUCAAAUGCAGUCACAUGACAUCAGAUUCACAGAUUCUGGAGUUUUUGCAUGGAUUUUGCAUGAUAUUUUGGUGCUAACAGGGUGAGUUCUUUCCUAGUUUUCUCACUUCUAAAAAUACACCGGUGUGAGAAGGUGACAUAAGCGUGCUCGUUGCUCUCAUUUGUCUUCAGCUCGUCACAUUUUAUCACCUGCAUUGUAAGGAAAAUAAAACCUGCCAGGUGCUAUGAAGUUGCAAACUAAUUAGCUGUCAUAUGUAAUUAAUAUCUGGAACACAACUGCGCAGCUGUGCUUAUUUAUUCUUGCAUUGUAAAAUAACUAUUUAUUGAAGAGUGUGUGAAAAUGGCUGUGUUUAUUAGCACUGACUGAAAAUGUAUUUCAUAAUUGAUAGAAAAAAAUCAUUAGCCUAUAACGAUUAUGUGUUUUAAAUGUGUGACAUUUACUAGCAGACAUUCACCAUUGCUAACAAUGAUGGGGCUGUUCUAUGCUUUUUGCACCUCAUCAUGUGCUUGGCGUUUUGAUUACUGAGAGAUUGCUUCAGUUCUCAGUUAAACGUGUUGCCAAACUCAAUAUUCACACAAUUCAGUCUUAGUGUGGUAUAUUAGGUAACAUGUGUGUGUGGAGAAUGAGAAUUGAAAACAAAUCAAUGUUUUUUUUUCUCCUCACAUAGAUGAAUUAACCUUUAAAAUGCACGUCACCCUUAAAACUAUAUUCAGUUUAUUUUGUUUAAAGGUUUUGACAUGUUUGAGAUUUGUGCACAAUCCUGCAUCAUAUUGAUCAAUACAAAUGUUAUGCAAGACACAUGCUCAUUUAUCUCAUGUAUCAACAAAUACAACAUCCAUCCAGAUAUUAAUAUAACCAAAUCUAAUUUUGAUCUAUCAAGUGUCCUAAAAGGGUAUAACUUUAAAGGUGCACUCAGUAAUUUAUCAUCAUUAAGAACGAUGUAACCCUAAAAAAAAUUAACAUUAGACAAUAGAAUAUCCAGUCUAAUAAAAGCUUUUUCAUGGUCACCAUAUGACCGGAUGUAAUCACCAGAUAUAAUACUAAUCUCUUUAUACCUGAUUUCUACCUGUUAUCUGACACUUUCACUCACAGAAUUCAUUUAUUGUGGCUGACUGUGAAUAGUGCAUUUCUAUGACGGCAUUUCAAACUGAAAACGUUAGCUUUAGCAUGGUGCUACAUUCACAUUGCUAAUUAUCAGUAAGUCCAAGUAGACUGUCAGUGCAACAUAAAAAAAAAUUACUGAGUGCACUUUUGUUAUGCAUUAUUUGAACCAAAGAUGAGACACAUAUUCAAUAGUUCUCUCAUCACUGUCAUCAGUCAAUGAGAUGUCACGGUAUAUUUAGCUCUGACGGACAGUGAGGAAAAUAUAUUAUCUUUUUAACAUCUGUUGAUUUCUUGCUCAGUUUUUGAGCUAGUUAUUGUAAUUGUUAUUUUUUGUAUUUUAUGCUGAAUUUUUUAUUUUAUUAUUUCAUGAUUUGAAGGGAUAGAAAAUGCACUCAAGUUCAUAUGGACAACUUCUAGAAUCGACAUGUUAGCAGUCAGUUCUGGUAUGAAAUGUUGUUCAUACACAUGUCACAUGAUUUUAAGAUGUUCUUUCAUCACUGACUGUAAAUCACAUUGUGUGUUAUUACUGGCAGAAGAGCAGAGAAAAUGUCACCUUAGAUUAAGCAUUAAAUAUAUCAUUACAGCUCUGCCCUCUAGUGGUGGAGGACACUAAUGACGUCUUACACGAUUUGCUGUAUCUCAGUGAAUAGCAGGGUAUUUUGUAAUAGAGGAAUAUUAUUGUUAUAUUUCAAUUAAGUCAACAAUAAUGGUUUUACACUGUUAAGACGUGUUGUGACGUCCAUGCGCAGUAGUUCAGGAGAAAUGACUGUCUGAAGAAACAUUUGAGAGAAAUAAACACAAACAAUAUCACUACAA